CAUAGCUAACAGGGUUAACAAUUUAUUGAAAUCUGUUUGAAACUCCCAAGAACAGACCACAAGACCUGGAGGGAGAAAAGAGAGCUUAAGUCCAGCUUCGGACAUGUCUCCCGUUGUCUUCCUGCUUCAGGGAGCUUUCUUAGUUUCUGCAGUCAGUUCCAGGCCAACCACAAAGCUUUAUGGGGAGAUCACUUCCCCAAAUUAUCCCAAAACAUACCCCAACAACAACAUCAGUACCUGGGACAUUUCAGUACCAAAGGGUUACAGAGUGAAGCUAAGUUUCUGGCUGUUUGAUCUGGAGCCAUCUGAGACCUGCCAGUAUGACUUUGUCAAGAUCACAGCAAACAAGAAGGACUUAGGCCGGUUCUGUGGCCAGAUAGACUCUGCCACAGGCAACCACCCAAGAGACAAGGCAUUUUUGUCUACCAACAAUCGCAUGCGGCUCCUCUUCCAGUCUGACUUCUCUAAUGAGGAGAACGGCAUUGUGGUUUCCUAUAAGGGAUUCUUAGCUUAUUAUCAAGCUGUGGAUCUAGAUGAGUGUGCCUCCAGAAAUGACAUUGAAGAUGGUCCUCAGUGCCAGCAUUUCUGUCACAACUAUAUAGGGGGCUACUUCUGCUCUUGCCAGCCUGGCUACCAACUCCAGAGUGAUGGGUAUUCUUGCAAAGUGGAUUGCAGCAAUGAACUGUUCACAGAAACCUCUGGGUAUUUGUCAAGCCCUGGAUACCCUGAGCCCUAUCCACCUAACUUGCAGUGUAACUACAGCAUACGGGUAGAGAAAGGGAUGACCAUUAUCCUCAAGUUCUUGCAACCCUUUGAAAUUGAUGACCACCAACAAGUCCGCUGCCCUUAUGACCAGCUUAAGAUCCAUGCUGGCACGAAACAGAUUGGUGAAUUCUGUGGCAGAAAGCCUCCAGGGAUGGUUGAAACCAAUAGUUCUUCAGUGGAUGUCAUUUUUCUCACAGACGAAUCAGGAUACAGCCGAGGGUGGAAGAUUUCGUACAGUAUAGAAAGAAUCCGUUGCCCGCAGCCUGUGCCAAAUGAUGUCUUCACCAUCAUCAAGGACCCACAGCCCCUGUAUCAAUACCAAGAUUACUUCAUUGUCAGCUGCAAAACUGGAUAUAACUUGAUGGAGGGUAAAGAACACUUGACAUCCUUUACUUCUGUCUGCCAACAUGAUGGGACCUGGCAUCGUUCUAUGCCCCGAUGUGAAAUUGUGAAUUGCGGUAAACCUAAAUUUCUGAAAAACGGGGAAUUUAAUUUUGUAUCGGCAACAAAAAAUAACAACUAUGAGUCAGUUAUCAAGUACCGCUGUAAUGAACCCUAUUAUCGCCUGCUCAACACCCCAGGAAAAGGUAUCUACACCUGCUCAGCUGAGGGUUCCUGGAAGGAUCAAGUUAAUCAUGAUGACAUCCCAAUGUGUCUGCCAGUAUGUGGAAAGCCAGACAACCCAGUCGUGGAAGUCCAGCGAAUUAUUGGUGGGAAGGAUGCCCCACGAGGCAGUUUCCCAUGGCAAGCUAUGACUGUCAUCGCUGGACGAGCAGGAGGGGCACUGCUAGGUGAUCGCUGGAUCCUGACAGCUGCCCACGUUGUGUACCCAAAAGGGAAAGGGAAUGACACAGAGAUACUGACCCCUGUGCAGGUGGCAGAGAAGGCUGAAAUCUUCCUGGGUCACACAGAUGUGACUGAACUGUACAAAGAAGGCAAUAAACCAGUUCUCAGACUCUUUGUGCAUCCGGAUUACAAUCCAAAGGAUGAGCAUAACUUUGACGGAGACAUUGCACUCAUUGAGUUGAGAGAUCCGGUGACCCUUGGCCAAGACAUGCUGCCUAUCUGUCUCCCUGAGUCAGGAAACACCACCUAUUACCAUACAGGUUGGAUGGGCUAUGCCAGUGGCUUUGGGGUAGAAAAAAACAUCCUUGCUAGCAGGCUGAAGUACGCUCCCAUCCCCGUGGGCAACCAGGAUUUGUGUCGGAAGUGGUUGAAAGGAAAGAAGAUUUCUAAGAAGGAUCCAGUCUUCUCAGAUAACAUGUUUUGUGCUGGUACCCCCUACGGAGGAAAAGACACCUGUCAGGGUGACAGUGGAGGGGCCUUAGCUGUGCGUGACCCAGAGACUCAGCAUUGGGUGGCCACAGGCAUUGUUUCUUGGGGCCUUGAGUGUGGCAAAGGAUAUGGCUUUUAUACCAAAAUAAUCAAUUACUUGGAUUGGAUCAAGGGCAUUGUUGGGAAGGAUUGGGUGUCCAUGCAGGUUUCUCAUUAGCCUACUGAAGAAGUGUAAACUAAAUUAUGAUUCCAUGCAUGCAUGGAAAUACAUACUUCUCAUUAUCUUUCUGCUGUUCUUGCUGCCCUGUCCUCUUUUCUUUGAUACCAAAUAAAUGUAUAGUUGCUUCUUUUAUUGGAUGGGAGAGGGGGGAAUAAUUCCUCUUGCCCGUCAUUUCUCUUCUCAUUCUCCAAUGCCGUCAGCAAAGAGAAAGUUUUCAGGAAAAGUGAAAGAUUUCUGAAUAGGAAAAGGAAAUGUUAUUUCUUCCCAUUCCCUCAUCCUCUUGGCUCAAAAGUUUCUUUGAGGUUCUUUCUAGUAUCAGUGGGGACUCUGAGAUAGGAAAUGAUUGCACACUAUAUAAUUUUGUGAAUGUGAAUACAUUUUUAGCAUCUGGCUCCAGAAUCUGCCUCUACAUGCAGCCAUAUUGUAGGAACCAAAAGACAGCUACCAUUUUUUUUUGUAGAAAAUGGCACCCUUGUUUCAUUUAUUUUUGCAAUAAGUGAGGGAGCCCUUUAUCCUCUUGCAAAAUAGACAAUUAUUGGUUUAACUAACAGCUUCUAUUGAUACCACCUCUAUCAAAUCUUUAGUUGCUUAGUAAUAUAAACUAAAGAUAAGUAAAUAAAACAUCUCAAAAAGAUUUGUGUAUUAGUUUCAUUAACAGCAGAGAGAACAUGCCAUAACACAGACUCAGAAAUAACGUAUUUUUUGUAAUUAAUAAACAUUAAAGCAAGUUAUCAAUAAA